AUGGGGGAUGGAAGGGCAAAUAAUCCGAAUUCCCAUUCGAACAAUAGCAGUAGUAACAAGCCGGAGUGGCUAGAGCAGUACGAUGUGAUUGGGAAAAUCGGGGAGGGUACUUAUGGGUUGGUUUUCUUGGCGAAGGUUAAGUCGAAUCGCUCGAAACCCAUUGCAAUCAAGAAGUUCAAGCAGUCCAAGGAUGGCGAUGGCGUCUCCCCCACUGCUAUUCGUGAAAUUAUGUUGCUUCGGGAGAUCUCACAUGAGAAUGUAGUAAAGCUCGCGAAUGUGCAUAUCAAUCAUGCAGAUAUGUCACUUUAUCUAGCUUUUGACUAUGCAGAGCAUGAUCUUUAUGAAAUCAUCAGACAUCACAGAGACAAGGUGAACCAGGCAAUUAAUCCGUAUACCGUCAAGUCUUUAUUGUGGCAGCUUCUUAAUGGUCUAAAUUAUCUUCACAGUAACUGGAUUGUUCACCGAGAUCUAAAGCCGUCGAAUAUCUUGGUAAUGGGUGAUGGAGAAGAACAAGGAGUAGUAAAAAUUGCUGAUUUUGGCCUUGCAAGAAUUUACCAAGCUCCUUUAAAGCCACUAUCUGAAAAUGGGGUUGUGGUGACCAUUUGGUAUCGUGCGCCUGAGUUACUCCUUGGUGCAAAACACUAUACAAGUGCUGUUGACAUGUGGGCUGUUGGCUGCAUAUUUGCUGAGCUUUUGACUCUGAAACCACUAUUUCAAGGGCAAGAAGUAAAAGGAACUCCUAACCCAUUUCAGCUUGAUCAACUUGACAAAAUAUUUAAGGUCCUAGGUCAUCCCACACAAGAGAAGUGGCCUAUGCUUGUGAACCUUCCUCACUGGCAGUCUGAUUUACAACACAUUCAAGGCCAUAAGUAUGAAACUGCUGGUCUGCACAGUGUAGUUCAUCUCUCUCACAAAAAUCCAGCAUAUGAACUCCUCUCCCAGAUGCUCGAAUAUGAUCCUCGAAAAAGACUAACAGCUGCACAGGCUCUUGAACAUGAUUACUUUCGGAUGGAACCUUUGCCAGGAUGCAACGCUCUGGUACCUCCGCAACCGGGAGAGAAAGUUGUAAACUACCCAACUAGACCAGUGGACACAAGCACCGAUAUUGUAGGAACAAUUAGUCUUCAACCUUCUCAACCGGUAUCAUCCGGAAAUUCUGUAUCUGGGGGAAAUCCAGGCAGGAAUGGGUGGCGGAAUAAAUCCUGGCAACAUUCCGAUGCAGCGAGGUGUUGCACCGCAAGCUCAUCAACAGCAGCAGACAAGAAGGAAAGAAUCAGGAAUGGGGAUGACUGGAUACCCUCCACAACAGAAAUCGAGGCGCUUCUAAGUUUCUUGAUUUGA